UAGUCUGGUUGCCCGCCCGCGUCGUCUCGGUCACAACAGCAGGGCGUGUUUCGAGCCAAAUUCGCUUUUGGCAGGAAGGAGACACCGGGCCGUGUGGACUUUAUUUCUCCUCCAAAUCUGACGGGCCGAUGUUUAAUCCACAGUAACUAUGAAUUUCGACGCGUUAUUUAACGAAAACACCUUUCAGUUUUCGGACUUCCAGGAGUUUACGUUCCUUCCUGGACACCAAAAACUGACUGAGCGAGUGAGAAAAAGACUGUACUACGGCCUGGACAAAGAUGUUUCAUUAGAUGCCCUUUCUUCCCCUGUUACAGAUAUUGCGGUUGAGAUCUUCCAGAAGUCUGCCCCGAGUCCAAUCCGAAAGCUCCAGAAGAAGUAUGCUGCUCACGUUGCGAGGGAGGCGUGCAUCUCUCCGUGCGCCAUGAUGCUGGCGUUGGUUUACAUCGAAAGGCUACGACACAGAAACCCCGAGUACCUGCAAAAGAUCUCCUCAUCUGACCUCUUCCUGAUCUCGAUGAUGGUUGCCAGCAAGUACCUGUACGACGAAGGCGAGGAAGAGGAGGUUUUCAAUGACGAGUGGGGAGCAGCGGGGAAACUGGACGUCCAAACGAUCAACAACCUGGAGAUGAAUUUCUUGAAUGCCAUUGAGUGGAGCCUUUUCACCGAACCAAAGGACUUCUUUGAUAUACUCGGCCAGCUGGAAACCAGCAUUGCCGAGAAGCAAGGAAUGAAACGCGGCUGGUUCACCUACACCGACCUGUGUGUGCUGCUGGAUCACUCUGCAUGGAGUCACGCUCUCGCUGCCGUCUAUCUGCACUUUCUAAAGGUUUCCUGUAUGCUCGGCCUGGUCUAUCUGACCAGUGUGGCCGGUCUCGUUGCUGGCAGUGCUGCGGUGCAGCAGCUCAGUUUGUCCAGAGGCGACCAGUCCCUGCUGCCUUUGCUAAACGAAGUCGGCGUCCGGACGUCCAGCCUCAGUCCAGAAGCUCCUUCUCCAGCCCGCCGCCUGCCCUGCUGUGUCCUCACCAACGAGUCCUUGAACGGUCACACCGCUUCGCUGGAAACCCGCCAACCCCACAGACGGGACGACUCGCCGCUGGUUUCUGCACAAACCUCCGUUCUGUGUCUCGGGCGCUCUUUCUUGGCCUCGGCGGGUCGUACGCGUCCCGCGGGAAAGUCCGAGGGGGAAACCGCCCAAUCCUGGCCUUCAUCCUCCUUCCGCUGCUCCGGCUUUGCACACCUUCCUCACCUCGAAUGUGUAUUCAGAAACACCUCAGCGCUCCUUCACCGCCGCACUGUUAACAGCCUCCCUCAGCCGCCGUGGUUGUCCUCCGGCCUCGUGGGAGCGGCAGGAUCAAGUCUGGACUCACAACUCGGACCCUUUCCGGCUGUAGCGCUGUCGCCCUGCCGUCCCGAGCUUCUGCUGCCCGCCGGCAAAUAUCAGGCGCUGCUGGUGCCCGGCUAGAGGCGGCGCCGCCGUUCGUCCCGCUGCAAACAUCCCCGGAGACCACAGCACCUUUUGUUUUCAUGACUCACCGCUGUCUCAAAGUCUGUUUUUUUUUUUAGAACAUAGAUCUAAAGUGGCACUUUUGGGCGAAAACUCACUCAAUAUAAAAAAAAUCAAUCAAAUGCCCCACAGAUUAAUGCGCUUUAUUUUUAUUUUGAGGGUCUUAAAGGUGACAAAACAGCUUUUUUUUUUUUUUUUUUUAUGCAGGUGAACGGGAUCCGCUCUGAGGUGUAAUCGCUUGGGAGGUGUGGGUUUAAAAGUCGCUGAGCAUAUCUACAAACGAAAAGCUUUCCGGUUUGCUUAUUUUACUAGCUUUAUAAGAAGCAACUAAAAGUAGAGCAGGCUGUUUCCUGAGUUCUCACUUUGCCCAUGUGUUAUCAGUGUUAACGUUUCUUCUUCUUCAGUCAGUUAGGGGUGAGGCGCGUUGCGGGCACUGAUUUUUUUUUUGGCACGCUAAAUAACGUUGGAGUUCUUCCUUUACAAGUUUUUAACGUUCACUUCAUGCAGCAGAACGUGUCAGAGUGGAAGUAGACUACUGAAUGCAAGCUUCAUCAGCUUUUCUCAUUGCACCUGAAUUUAUAGAAAUUAAGACAUCCUGUUAUUUGUUUCUGCAGUAUUUAGCUUUUUUUUUUUUUCGUGUCGGGAAUAGGAUAUGACAAUCUUAAAGAUGGUCCCCCCCUGUAGCAACGUUGAAGGUCAGAGUGGAAGAUUUUUCUUGGUUGCGGGUCUGACCCGUUUAAAAGGCUAACUGAAGUAUUAGUAAUGCGAUGUGAAAAUCUGCACACUUUGCGGAAAGACACCACUUUGUUUUUAUUAUUGCUGCUUUGUUUGCGUUUAAACACCCCAUUAGAAGAAGAAAACCAUAUUUUUAUGUGCAAUUAAGCAGGAACUGGGAAAAAAAAA